AUGGUUAACAUCAGCUCUUUGGCUUUGGCAGUGUUGGCAACAACGGCUGUUGCUGGUAACAACCCAAAACGUGGCCUGGCUGCCAAUGACGGUAUUCCCAUCACAAACUUCGGCGGCUCUUUCAAGGGCAAAAAGUCCCAAGUUAACUGGCAGUAUAACUGGGACAGCACCACCAAGAAUAAGAUGGGUUUUACUGAGUUCGUCCCCAUGCUCUGGGGCACUCAGAGCUACCACACCAACCAGUGGCAUAACAACGUCGUAAGCUGGACGAAGAAGGGAACCAAGCAUAUUCUCGGAUUCAACGAGCCCGACCGCCCAGAUCAGGCUAACAUGUCUCCUGCUGCUGCUGUGGCUGCAUGGAAAAAGUACAUGGAGCCUUUUGCUGGUCAGGUGAAACUUGGUGCACCUGCGGUCUCUAACGGUGGUUUUGACUGGCUCAGCAAAUUCCUUGACCAGUGCAAAGGCUGCCAUAUUGACUUUGUCCCGGUCCACUGGUACAAUGACCAUAGCUUGGAAAAGGAUUUGGAAAACUGGGUUAACAAAGUUUGCAAAUUGGUCAAAGGUCGCAAAGUGUGGAUUACCGAGUUUCAAGGCUUUGGUUCCCCCGCUGAUCAGAGUGCGUUCCUCAAGAAGGCGAUGCCCUUCCUUGACAAGAACGGCUGUGUAGACCGAUAUGCCUACUUUGGUACUGCCAACCCCAGCAAAGUUCUCCUUCAAAAUGGCGGACCAAAUCUUUCUGCGCUGGGCACUCAGUUUGCUUUCAGCCCAUUUGGAUCGGGAAGCGUUUAG